ACUAUACUAUACACACACAAACAACAAAUAAUAAACAUUAAAACAUAAAAUCAACUUAACAAGACACACACACAGUGAAGAAACGAACGAGAUUAAAAGAGAAGAAGAAGAAGAAGUGAAAGUGCAUGUAACAAGAAGAAGAAAAGAGUAGGUAGAAAACACAACAACCAUUGAAGGUCAAUGGUUUAAUACCAAGAUUGGAUCAAUGGUGGAUCGAAGAUUCAUACUGUGGUUUGUGCUGUUGCUAUUGUUUUUGUGUUUUGAGGUAACAUUGGAACAGAUUGAGAUUCAGCCAUUGAGUUCACCUCAGGAACGUGCUGCACUUCUUCAACUUCGAGCUUCUUUGGGUUUGAGAACCAAAGAAUGGCCAAGAAAGCCUGACCCUUGUUUAAUCUGGACUGGUAUUUCGUGUCGGAAUGGCCGUGUUGUUGGGAUCAAUAUAUCGGGUUUUAGAAGAACAAGAAUUGGUAGAAUAAACCCUCAAUUUUCUGUUGAUGCUUUGGUUAAUUUCACUUUGUUGCAGUCUUUUAAUGCCUCUGGUUUUUACCUUCCUGGUUCUAUUCCUGAUUUGUUUGGGUUUAGUCUUGGGACGCUACGCGUGCUUGAUCUUCGUUCUUGUUCGAUUGGAAAUGCUAUUCCGAAUUCUAUUGGGAAUUUGACUAGGCUUACUGCUCUUUAUCUUUCUGAUAAUAAUCUUACUGGAAAUGUUCCUGAUAGUUUAGGUCAACUCUCGUCGCUUUCGGUUCUUGAUCUCUCGGGGAAUUCGCUUACGGGGAUUAUACCAGAGUCUUUUGGCUUUCUUGCGAAUCUUUCUUCACUUGAUUUGUCGGGUAAUUUUUUUUCCGGGCCUGUUCUUUCGGGUUUAGGGAAUCUUUCUAGGUUACAGUACUUGAAUCUUUCUGGUAAUAGUUUGAAUUCUUUGCCUGCACAAUUGGGAGGUCUCGUUAGCUUGGUUGACCUUGAUCUUAGUGAGAACUCUUUCUCCGGCAGCAUUCUUCCGGAUUUGAAAGGGUUGGGGAACUUGCAGAUUAUAGUUGUGAGGAGAAAUAAUUUUACCGGUUCUUUGCCUGUUGAGUUGUGGUCAUUGCCGAGAUUGACGUUCGUAGAUGUGUCUUCCAAUAGCUUCAGUGGUUUGCUUCCCAAUUCUAGUUCCUCUGUCGAUUCUACUGUUGCGGUUCUAAAUAUAUCUCAUAACAUGUUUUAUGGAGGUCUUAAACCUGUGCUCAGAAGGUUCAGUUAUGUUGAUCUUGCAAACAAUUAUUAUGAGGGUAGGGUUUUGGAUUUCAUGCAUAAUGUAUCAUUAGAUAGUAACUGUCUUCAGAGUGCGACAAAUCAGAAGUCAACGGUGGAAUGUGCGUCGUUUUAUGCGGAUAGGGGCCUCCGUUUUGAUAAUUUUGGACAACCGAAUACGACAAAACCUGUAGAAGGUUCUGGGAAAAGUAAUAAAACUAAGAUAAUAUUGGCGGCAGUUUUGGGUGGACUUGGUUUACUUGCACUUUUGGCUUUGCUACUGGUACUGUUGCUUUUGUGCACUCGUAAAAGGGGUAAUUCAAGUCAAAGGGGUAAUGGCGUGGGCCCUGCUCCUGCCGCAGGAAGUCCUCCGCCUCCUGGUGUAUCGAUAAACCUUGCAAAUGUAGGAGACUCGUUUACGUAUCAUCAGUUGCUUCAGGCAACGGGAGAUUUCAACGAUGGAAAUCUUAUAAAACAAGGCCACACCGGGGAUUUCUUCAACGGUGUUUUGGAAAAUGGGAUUCCCGUUGUCAUCAAAAGGAUUGACACGCGAUCUAUGAAAAAGGAUGCUUACCUAUCGGAAUUGGACUUUUUUAAUAAGGUUUCUCAUCCGAGAUUUGUUCCCUUAUUAGGUCACUGCUUAGAAAACGAAAACGAGAAGUUCCUGGUUUAUAAACUUAUGCCAAAAGGGGACUUGUCUAACUGCUUAUUCUUCAAAAAUACCACAUCUGAAGAUGGUACUUUGCAGUCAUUGGACUGGAUAACUAGGUUAAAGAUUGCUACUGGAGCAGCAGAGGCCAUAUCGUAUCUGCAUCAUGACUGUAUUCCACCUAUUGUUCACAGAGAUAUUCAAGCGAGCAGUAUACUUCUUGAUGACAAGUAUGAAGUUCGGUUAGGAAGUCUAAGUGAAGCCUGUACUCAAGAAGGUGAUACACAUCAAAGUAAAAUCACCCGGUUUCUGCGAUUGCCUCAGUCCUCUGAACAAGGUGCAUCUGGUUUGCCAACAUCUGUUUGUACCUAUGAUGUUUAUUGCUUUGGGAAAGUGUUACUUGAACUUGUGACUGGUAAGCUGGGCAUUAGUGCAUCAAGUGAGGGUGAAUUGAAGGAUUGGUUUGAUCAGAUUCUACCUUGCAUUAGCAUGUAUGACAAGGAGCCCGUGACGAAAAUCGUUGACCCGUCUCUUGUUGUGGACGAGGAUUUCUUAGAGGAAGUGUGGGCAAUAUCCAUUGUUGCCAGGUCUUGCCUAAACCCAAAACCUUCAAGACGACCCCCAAUGAGAUACGUUCUCAAGGCUUUGGAAAACCCUUUAAAAGUUGUAAGAGAAGAAAGUUCGAGUUCUGCGCGGCUUAAAGCAACCUCUUCUAGAGGCUCUUGGAAUGCUACUUUGUUUGGUAGUUGGCGUCAGAGCUCGUCUGAUGUAACCACAAUCCCUGCAGCUUCUGGUACAAAACUAGAAGGAGCUAGUAGUUUGAAGCUUUCAGCAACAAGUAGUUCAUCCUCGCGGAGGCGGCAUUCAAAUGAGAUAUGUCCUGAGCCAUCAUUUCGCUUACCUGAUAUAGAGAGGAUGGAGCACGAAGGAGGAAGAGAGGCUUAAGUUUUAAACUUUUUUUUCUUCUUUUAGUUCCUUAAUACCCCUGUGCUCUUAUUGAUGUCUGGGCUCAUAGCACAUUUCAGCAAACAAAUUGGCACUAAAUUCAUACAUGGAACGCAUGAUACCUUUCAAAGGGGAACAUUGUUUUGUUUUCAGUGAUUUUGGACACAAACUUGUGGAGAUAGAUGUAGAGUGAAGAGAAGACCAAUUGGCAACUGCUAUGGUAGAUAUGGAUACUUCUUUGACUGCUUGUUUUGGACAGAGACAAGCUCCAUUUUUUCACCUGUAAUUGGAAUUUUUUUACCCUUUGUCCCGAGUCUUUUAGCGAAUGUACAUUUUGGAUUCGGCGCGUCUAAAGUGAGUAGAGAGUAAAGUAAGUAAUCUCAAUGAUUAAUGAGAAAAUUAAGGGUUGAUAAUCCAGCAUACUUGUGAUUUUUCAUGUAUGUACAUGUGAUAUUAACUAUUGGUUUAUUUAUCAAUCGUUGAUAUUACUUACUUUAUACUUUAAAGUGGCAAGAAAAUAGAUUCGUUAAUUUUAAUGUGUAAGAUAUUAUUAUUCUUCAUUCAAAUCACAGUUGAUAUUAUUCUGGGAGAAAAGGGAACAAGGUCAAAAUUUCAGAGAAUGAAUGAGAAAACAGGUUUUACUGGUUUUAUGACA